AUUUUCCCACCCAAAACAAACCCGCCCAUUUUUGCUCUGACCCCAAUUCAAUUCAAUUCAAUUCAGAGCUUAAAAAUUAAAAACCCACACAAGUUCUUUUCUCUCAUUUCAUUUUCUUUCCCUUCUCCACUGUUCCCUCCUUCUCUUCCUUCUCUCAAACGCUCUCAGGUGAGAAAUGGCGGGAAAAGGUGGAAAGGGGCUUUUGGCAGCCAAGACAACAGCAGCUAACAAGGACAAGGACAAGGAUAAGGAUAAGAAAAGGCCCGUUUCCAAGUCCUCCCGUGCCGGUAUCCAGUUUCCUGUGGGUCGUAUUCACAGGCACUUGAAAACAAGGAUUUCUGCUAAUGGGAGAGUUGGGGCCACGGCUGCAGUUUACUUGGCUUCAAUUCUUGAGUACCUGACUGCAGAGGUGCUUGAGCUGGCAGGAAAUGCAAGCAAAGAUCUGAAGGUGAAGAGAAUCACACCAAGGCAUCUGCAGCUGGCUAUUAGAGGAGAUGAGGAGCUUGACACCCUGAUCAAGGGAACCAUUGCUGGAGGUGGAGUGAUCCCUCACAUUCACAAGUCCCUCAUCAACAAAACCUCUAAAGAUUAAGCUGUUUGUGUCUGGUUUGAAAUGGCUGUUAACUUUAGGACAGUGUGUUUAGUUUGUGACCCAUUUUAGUAAUGGUGCUGUGGACUUUGUUUCAGUUUGUAGAAGAUUAUUUAGAUGGGCUAGGUUAGUACUUAGUAUAUAUUGGGUAAUCUAUUGUGCCUUCUUCAAACUGUUAUGUUCGUUUAGACUCUAGAGUAGGACUGGCGUUUCUUGAAUGGAUUUAAAUGUGGUUUCCUAACCACCUUUAACUAUUAUCUAUGAUUCUCAAAACUUCUGCAUGUAAUAUGAUGCUUAUGUUGUUUAAUGGAUUGACCUGUGAUGGGAUGGGAUUGCUGGUGUUGUAGCAUUUUCUAUGAAGACCAUAAAUUUGACAAUCUUAGAUUGUUUUCAGA